CGCGCGUCCGCCCAUCGCUUCCUAAUGCAACCUCCCUCUCCCUCCUCCUCCUCCUCCUCCCUCCUCCUCCUCCUCCUCGUUGCAUCCUCCUUCCUCCAGUCAGAGGCCUUCUCCUUCUGCCCUGUGGCUGGGCGCCCCGGAGUUUCUUCCAACUUCCUCCGCUCCCUCGAGCGAUCUUGCCGGCAUCAUGCAUCCCCGGCCCCCAGGCUGAGAGUCUCGUGCCAGCUUGAUGGUGGUCUAGGCAAAGAGUUCGAAAACUACAAGAAGACAAGCGAACAAAUGGAGGAAAUCUUCAAGAAAGCAUCGAACGAUCUUCAAUCACGAGCAAAGGAGGAGCUGGACUCGUUCAAUCAGCAGGUAGAUGAAAUUAUGUCGAGGAGAGAGGAGGAGUGGGAGCUUCUCGGAGCUAAGGCGGCAGAGUCUCUCGUGAGCAAGGUUGACGAUCUUGCUGAGAACUUCUUGAAGGGAACCGGAAGGGGUUCGAAAGACGACGACGACGAUGAGUUUGCGGACCUUCAGAAGUAUCUUGGACCUCAGGAAGUUGCGGUCAUCGGCCCACCCGGGGUAGUUCGUGAUGAGAUCAUGGCGAGGCUGGGCCAGCAGCAAUCUCUCAAGAUCUCUUCCUGCGAGAAACUUCUGGAGACCCGCGGCAUGACCAUCGAGAACUCUGACACCCUCAUCUUCGUAGGAAACGACGAGCCGCUGGACAGG